UUUUUUUUUUUUUUUGGUUUUCGUGUGGUGGGUGUUUCGACCAUUUCGAAACAGUGAAUCGUUUUGCCAAGGAAAUGGUUCAAUUGUUUCAAAGUUUCGAUUCUCCCAUCAACUCUCUCUCAUUUUUUGGGAAACGUUUCAUACAGUUUUACCAGCUUUUACUGCUCGUGUCAUGGUUGCCUUCGUGAAGCCACAGGUUAUGCAACGGAUUUGAGAAGAGCAUCUUGGCAAAGACUUUCCAUCUUGCGAGUGGCACGAGGCCUAACGUUAUCCGCUGGCUAUAACGCGACCGCUGAAGGCUUUACGACGUUCAUAAAACACAGAGCUAACAUCUGCGAAAACGACUGCGCACCCCUUAAGGCGAUGGCAAGCGCACCCCCACAAGAGACCUCCGCAUUUGUGGGACACCCUCCUCUUCCAUCGUAUGAGGAGGCAUUGGGAUCAAACCCACAGUCCCGACCAAUGCCCUAUGCUCCAGCUGAUAUGAAGACAUCUGUGCCUCCAUAUCCAACACAAGCCUACAGCCCGAUGUAUCCCCCACCACCCCAACAAGGUCAACCUGUCACCAGUCCUGUUGUAUCUGUUCAGACCGUAUACGUUCAGCCUGGUCUGGUGUUUGGGAAUGUUCCAGUGCAAGCGCAUUGCCCAGUAUGUGCACAGAACGUGAUAACUCGCCUGGAGUAUACAUCAGGAGCACUAGCUUGGCUCUCUUGCGCAGGCCUUGCCAUUUUUGGUUGUAUCUACGGCUGCUGCCUGAUUCCCUUCUGUGUGGACAGUCUGAAAGAUGUGACCCACCACUGUCCAAACUGCAGCAGUGCUUUAGGAGUCUAUAGGAGAAUGUGAACCAGCUGCAGAACAUGUGAAGGAGUUGUGUGACACAUCGACUCUAUAUUUAUUAUCAUUCUUCAGCCAGAGUCAAUUCAUUAUCUGUGCCACACUGACGUGUAUUUGUACACACGCCUACCUUAACGUACUUGUCUUUUCAUUGUAAACUGUGAUUUAACUUAAAGUUAAAUCUUAAAAAUAUAAAAAUAAAAAUAACUUUAUUUCACACUA